GGUCGUUGUUGCCGCGGCGUCUCAGGGCAAGCCGGUGCUCACGCGACAGGAUCGAGCAACCUUUCUGGUUGCCUCGCCACAGUUGUCCGUCUCGGGGCUCGGCGGCUCCGAGGAGAGCGGCACCACCGAGGAUCCGGCUACAAGAUCGGUACCGGACAUCGAGCUGCACUGUAGGCUAGACGGCGAGACUCAGUCACAACUACAGCCGCCACAGCCUCAACAGCAAGUGCAGCAAACGAUCAUGCCUACCGGUUACAGGACCAGGCAAUCUUCCCACCAACACAGGUGUCGCUGCGAUCGUAGGGACUCGUUGGCUCCUUCGUCGGCGCUGCAUCUGGCCAGAAGUGUGUCUAGAGAAAGCGUGAAAAGCGGGCAUCACUGUUGCCCUUGCCAGGCGCCGCCACCUCCGGUUCUAGUCACAACGUCGCCGAGUGCACGCAUAAUACGGCAAAGCUCGCAACCGGAAGCGUCCGCGUGUUGCUGUUCCGGAUGUUGUUGCCCCCUACACACCGGCACGACACCGAGUGCUGCCUCCUUGCGGCAGUUGCGCGAACCUGGCGAUGGAAUUGCCGGCAUCGCAGCAGACUCGUUGCGGAUCAAUGGCGGUAUUCGACAAUUCCGUCAGUUCCCCUGGUGGUGCAAAUCGUCGUCGACGACAAUGCCGACGACGCCUCCGCCACCCAUCGCUGCGGUACCCGGCCCCGGUUCCGGUUCAGGCUCUGGUUCCGGUUCACAGGGUGCUCAGGGCGUCGUACUCUGUCCACGUACGCUGUCGCAGGUCCGACGUUCACGGCUACGAAGGGCCCUCACCGAGGCGACCGCCGAGACCGUCAACUACGUCAAGACGGUGGGCACGAUACUUCCGACUAAGCCGUAAUGCCUGAUCUAUCUUAACCACCCGUAUUAUACACGAUUAUUUGCAAUGUUGAUUAGUUACAAUUUUGCAUCGUACACACGCACGGAUCGAGAGUCGAGUCGAUUUCGUUCUUUUGGAAUGUUAGCUUUUACUUCACUUUUACUUCAAUAGUACGUUGCUGACACUAAGAUGGGUUAAAUAGAAAUUUUGAAAAAUUGUUAGGGUUUAAUACGAGCGCUACUGGCAAUUGAAAUAUAGAAUUUGCGUCAAAGCAGUUAAGUAAAAUUCAUGUACAACGUGCUUAGGUUAAGUAAUACGUUCAAAUUUGAUGGUGAUAGUUGGUAAUCAAUAAGAGAUUGGAAGUACAUAUAAAGACGAAGCUACUCGAUUCCAAAAGAACUCGGUUACCGAAGUUAAAAACUAUAACGCGUUUAAUUUUCUCGGGAUUUCUCUGCUCGAAUGUUAAAAGACGUCGAAGAGCGGCACGUUACGACCUUCCAUUUUCGACGAUAGGAGCAAAAGUUGGAUUUGUCUCGGGGAUAAAAGGAUCGUAUCUGAACAAUUCGAUUCAGCGUCGUUAGCAUCCUCGCGAGGGGAAUCGUAUUCCGGUAUGUGAAAUCGUUCCGAUCUAACCUAACCUCGACGCUCGAGGAUACGCGCGAUAUUAAUGCAGCAUGCAUUUUAUUGUGCGUACGUGCGAUUAUGUGUCCGAGCACCGUAGUUAGCGUCACUGACCUAUAGAACAUGCCUCUCACCCACUAUUCACCGUCACGCUAUGAAGUAUUGCAACCAAUUUACGAACCUAGACCUUAGAUCUAUCUCUCAGCCAGCCAUGACCUGCAUUCUUCGAACCUGAUGGCCGAUAUAUCGGAAGAAACGCCAACGAAGAAUCCGAAGUGCCGUUUCGUUCCCCUUUAUUAAACUUUCGUCGGAAAUGAACGAAAGAUAAGACGGUUUAAUAAGGAACUACAUUUUUCCCCGUUGUAUAAUUAAAAUUUAUUGAAACGUUUUCGAGGAAUCAAGAGUUUCUUUCAAUUAAUCGAGAUCGUAGCUAUAUAAAUUCACUAGCGCGCAUUUAUGAAAUAACUUUUAUGUACUCGUCGCUGAGGUUACAUUAUGUACCAACUUCCGCCAACAUAGUUUGCAAACUCUGACUGUGCAUCGAUCGGAGUCGAGGAUGUCUGCCGUUUCCUUGAAACAAUAUUAGUACAUGAUUAAUAUACAUCUACUUCUAACGAAAUAAUCGAAACAUGGAAUAUUAUUCUUUUUUUUUUCGAAAAGCACGAU